AUGCCUCCAGCCAAACCCCCCAGCAGAGCUAGAGGAGGAAAGAAGGUCACUGGAAAGACAGAGAAACAAGAACAAGUUACUCCCAAAAAAGGAGUCAAGACAGCAUCCCAAAACCUCACAAAAACCGAAAGCGGAAAAGGUAUAAAGGAAGAGACAUCUGCUAAAGAAAAGACUCAAAAAGAUGAGGGAAAAGAGGAGAAAGCCGAGGCAUCGGAAGAUGAAGAGAUAGAGACCUCCAGGCAAAUCGCCAGGAGAAAGCAGAAUGGCAAAGCUAUACCUGCUAAGUUGACAACAAAUGGCAAUUCAGGUAUAGGGAGGACUGGAAAGGCUGGGAAAUCAAAACCUCAGCAGAAAAAAAUUACAGCCAAGACUCAGAACAAAUCUCCUGCUAAAGGUGUGAGAAAGAGAGGUGGUAAAGUAGUGGAUAAGGUAGAAGACGAUUCAGAGAGUGAGAAAGCAGAGUGUUCAGAACAAGAGAGUCAAGAAGAAGCUACAUAUGACAAGGAGGAGGAGCCAGAGCGUGUGGAAGAGUCGGCUGAGAUCGAAGUAAAUGCAGUAAGCAGUGAGGAAGAACUCUUAGACCCAGACAAGAAAACUGAAGAAGAAGAAAAAGAAGAGGAAGAAAGUGAGAUCAAUGAGAACAACAAUGAACCCCCGGAAAGCAAAGUUAAAGAAGAACCUGAGGAAGAACCUGUUAGCAGCAUAGAAGAGGUCGACUCUGAGGAGGUGCUGAGUGAUACCGGACAAGAGAGCGCACAGGAGGAGACCGCCGGUUCAUUGAUGAAACCAGGAUCGCUAAACCUGACUGCUCACUUCCAAGGUCAGAAAAAGAUGUUGAAAUCCAAGAUACUUCAAAAGAAGAGGCCUUCCAAAAGAGAGGAACCUAAAGCAGGUCCUCCAGAAGGGGUGCACCUUAAAGGAAUGUCUUUGUCCAAAAGCAGAGCGGCAAAAGGUAAAUCUCAAAUUCUGCAGUUGGCAAGUAAAACAAAGGCUUUGAAUAAGACCGUGGAGGAUCAGCAGGAAGAUCAGACAACAGCCGAUACAAAAGGGCCCAAAGGAUUGUUGAACAGAGAGUCUCGUAUGCUGUUCACAACGAAAGGUAAAGGAAAAGAUGACAAAAAUAAGAAAGGCAAAAAGGAACUUCCAAAAGAAAUUGUUGAAGAACAAAAACAAGAGACAGAGACAACUGAGCUCGAAGAGCAGCUGCCCUCAAAAUCAACAGAGAGUCUGAUAGCCCGCAAAAGAGGCAUGGCAACCUUACGUCGCGUCUCGGGAUGGAUUCAAAAGAAGAUGCCAAAAAGCUUCCAUGUUCGAAGAAAGUUAUCCACAGUCUCCCAAGCAAUUGGGAUUUCAAAAUGGCUUCCUGCUUUGGUGGUGCAGAAAAAGAGUAGCAGCACAAAGUCUAAAAAGAACCUUAUCCGACACAAGAUGCUCAUGAAAAUGGCAAAGAAAAAUGAAACUUCAGAUGAUUCAAAGACGGAGACGUCGAAACCCCAGGACGCCCCUGCUGAUCCCCAAGACGAUUUAUGCGACGACCCUUGUACAUCUUCACAAGACGUAGAAGAAAAGGUCAACUCGGGAGAUGCCAAAUUCGCAAUAGUGUUGCCCCGGAUGAACAAAAUCGGCAUGACAACCGAAGCCACUGUUACAUCCACUAGCACAGGCAUUGAAAACACUGCCACCACCGAACGUAAACCACCAAAGCCUGGAGCUCGCCUGGUUCUUCCCGUAAAGCCCGACUUGAGCCUUCUAAGGUCCAUCAAGAAAAUCCCACAAGACAGUGGCAGAACCAUCAUUCCGAAUACUCAAUCAAAUGAUAUGGAGUCUGAGCUCAAAGUGGACAACAAAAAGCCAUUAACAGGCAUUAAAGAUGGUACAAGUGUACUGCAAGCAGCCAAGGGUAAACUUGGAGAGUCACAACUGAAUUUCUCCAAGCUGUCAAUGUCGAAAACGUUGCUUAACAGUGGUGGAAGCAUUGGACAGAGUAGAGAAGCGGAGAUGAAUCGAAGGAACGCACACCAGUCAACCGAAACGGAGACGUGGAGAACCGGAGAAAGACAAGCUUCUUUUGAGGAGGAUGUGGAUCGAGAGGUGGCGGAAUUGAUAGGGAAUGGUCUUCUGCCCUCCGCUAUGGAACUACACUGGGCUCAAAGGGGCCAGAUGUAUGGGGAUCCUCAAGACUGGAUGCGUCCGGAGAACCUCCUGCCACAUCAGACAGUAGAGAAGCUCACCAAAUGGACGGUGUAUCAGGAUGAUGAACAUGCACACACCAUUCCGGUCCACAACGGCAGAGGCCGAUGGGAAUCAGAAGAUCCAACUCAGAACAUGCUGGAGGAGAGACUUAACAGCACUCAGGUAAUAAUGCCAGGAAGUAAUGAAGUUGUGGAGGUGGAUGAGGUGGAGGAUUUGGCACAGCUGGAAGAGGUGUCUGAGAGUUCAGUUCUGCUGAAUCUGAAGAAGCGCUUUCAUCGCGAUAGCAUUUAUACGUAUAUUGGAAAUAUGCUGCUGUCCAUCAACCCCUUUAAACCUCUCAGUAUUUACACUGAGGAGCUGAGACAGCAGUACCAGGGUAAAGAGAAGCACAAUAAUCCACCCCAUAUUUAUGCCAUGGCAGAUGUUGCCUUUUGCCAAUCUCAGAAUACAACCCAGGAGCACUGCAUUAUCAUAAAUGGUCAGAGUGGAUCAGGAAAGACAGAAGCUGCCAAGCUCAUCGUCCACUAUCUGAGUUCCAUGUAUCAGGGCAGGAAUGAUAAAUUACGACAGCCAAUGGAUGUUCUGCCCAUUCUUGAGAGUUUUGGUAAUGCCAAGACCAUACUUAACAACAACUCCAGUCGAUUUGGAAAGUACCUGCACAUCCAUAUACGACACGGUGUUGUUGUCGGCACAUCUCUGUCGAAAUAUCUCCUUGAAAAAUCACGAGUUGUCUUUCAGGCGAAGGAAGAGAGAAACUACCAUGUGUUUUAUGAACUGUUGGCUGGGUUGAACGAGUGGGGAAAGCAGGAUCUUUACCUGCAAGGAGCUGAGACCUACUUCUACCUCAACCAGGGUAGGGCGUGUGAAAUAAAAGUGAAGCAUGACAGUCAAGACUUCCAGCUCUUGGUCCGAUGCUUAGAGACGAUUGGUUUACAUGCAGAUCAGCUCGCAAACAUUUGGGCCAUUCUGUCAUCUAUCCUACAGCUGGGCAACAUUUGCUUCAGCUCCUAUGAGAGUGAGUCGUUCGAGGUGGCCCGUAUUUUUAGUGAAGCUGAAGCUCGGAGAGUCGGGAAUCUUUUGCAGGUGUCCGCUGAGGCCUUACAGACCGUCAUCACUCACAGAGUGACAGAAACAAUAUAUGACAGGAUCUACUGCCCCCUGUCUGUGGAAAGUGCCAUUGAAUCCAGAGAUGCUAUUGCCAAGACGCUUUACUCUGUUCUGUUUGACUGGAUACUUGAACGCAUCAAUGAGUGGUUGAUGCCCACAGAGAUGGACAGCACUGUUGGAAUUGUGGACAUAUAUGGCUUUGAGGAUCUGAGUGUGAACAGUUUUGAGCAGCUGUGUAUAAACUAUGCCAACGAGCAGCUGCAACAGUUUGUGAACAAAGCCCUGGUGGCACAAGAGCAGGAGGAAUAUAGUGCAGAGCAGAUCCGGUGGUAUCCAAUAACACUGGAAACAUCUCAUGGCUGUCUGGAUCUCAUCUCGGCACGGCCGUAUGGAAUCCUUCGCAUCCUGGAUGAUCAAACUUGCCUUCCUCAAGCCACAGACCAUACAUUCCUGCAGAAAUGCCACUAUCACCAUGGCAACAGUCCCCACUACUCCAAACCCAAAAUUCCCCUGCCGGUGUUCACAAUAUAUCACUAUGCCGGUGCUGUCACUUAUCAGGUUCAUAACUUUCUCAACAAAAAUCACGACCAGUUUCGACCUGAAGUGUUAGAGCUCUUCGCUCACAGUAGGUUACAGAUGGUGUCGGGUCUCUUUCGAAAGGUACAGGAGCGUUACAUCCAGCAGAAAGAGCUGGGAAGAGCAAGAGGACGCAGUCAGAUGACAACUGUGGCUUCUCACUUCCAUCAGUCACUUACAGAGCUCACCACACGUUUAGAGAGGUCUAAAACUACAUUUAUACGUUGUUUCAAGCCAAACUUUGUUAAGCUUCCAGGAAUAUUUGAUGUAGAUUAUGUAACUACACAGCUAAGGCAUGGAGGAAUACUGGGGACCAUUCACAUUCGGAAAGAGGGAUUUCCUAUUCGCAUACCCUUCGAUCUGUUCAUGGAGAGAUAUGGGGUGUUAUUAGCCCAAAAGCCCGCACACUCGACCUGUAAAGAGCAGGUGGUAUGUUUGCUAGAGACUGUAGGAGCAGAGGAGAGCCAGUACCAGCUAGGACUUACAAAGGUAUUUAUGAAGGAGAUUCUAUACCAGCGGGUGGAAGAUAAAUGGAGCAGUACACAAACAUGGGCCGCAGUGACCAUUCAGAGGAACAUUCGAGGCUUUAUCUGUAGACGCAACUUUCGUUUCUUUAAGCAGAAAGCUAUUGUCAUCCAGUCCCAUAUCAGGGGCCACCAGGCCAGGAGGUACUACAAGAAACUGAAGCAAUCCUUCACUCAAUUCUGGGCAACCAUGAUGAUAACAAGAAACACCAUUAAAAGACGUCAAUGGAGGGAACAUACAGCUAGAACCAGUGUGAAACAGGUAGAAAAACCUACAUCUACCGAGAUGGAUGUGGGACUAUUGGAGAUCCCGGCUGAUCUGGCGACCAGAUUACGCAGGGCAGCAGGACGACCACAAGGAUCAGGGGUCACUGAAGUGGCUCCCCCACAGGUCAAAUCACAACACAGCCUCUCACUUCCCCUAGGCAUCGACAACCAUCCUUUUUCUAAAUAUGCCAACACAGUCUUGAAGGACGGAUGGUGCCAACCAAAAGGCUACCCGCUUCAUAGACCUUUGACCUCUCUGGACCCCGAGGAUGCCCGAACUGCUUUAGAAAUCUACAAACUGAUCCUGCGUUUCACUGGGGACUCAGAUCUGAAUGGGUGGGAAGAGCAGAUGUUGGGAAACUACAUUGUGGAAAAGAGCCAAUCUCAGAUCAACAUCAGAGACGAGGUUUUGGCUCAACUGGUGUUCAACACCUGGGACGGGGAGAGAGAGGAGAGCGCCCUGCGUGGCUGGUUGAUUUUGGCGUGCUGUCUGAGUGCCUUCGCACCCUCUCCAGCCCUGGAAAAACCUUUGCUCAAGUAUGUGUCAGAUCAGGGUCCAGGAGAAUACCGGUCUUUGUGCCAGCACAAGCUGCUCACCUCCCUCAAGCUUCCCGUUCCUGCCUGUAGGCAGCACCCUCCUACACAGCUCGAGUGGACGGCGAAUCAGAGAAAAGGAAAAAUGGUAGUGCAGGUCAACACUUUUAAUGAUGAGCGGUUGACAUUGGAGGUAGAGUCUUGGACCACUGGGGAGCAACUUGCUUCUUGGCUUCUAAGCUACAGGAGCCUAUCUGAAGCUACACAAGGCUGGUCUGUAUCUCUGCUGGCUGGGGAGGGCUGGACUGAUUUGGCUGGCUGCGACUUUGUCAUGGAUCUUUUGGCUGGAGUGGAAGCUGAUGUGCCCCUGGCUCACCCACCUGCACAACCCGAUUACCUCUUUAGUGACAUGGGUGACAGGAUGAUGACCACUGACUUGGAGGAUUUCAUACCACCUGCUCCAUCAAUGCAGGCUCCUAGUCUCCCGUCUUUUCAGGCAUCUCCAUGGGACACCCACCAACCAGCCUUCACAUCCCAGGGAUCACAAGGGCAACAGAUCGAUUCUUACGUUGAUGACCUUUUUGAUCCAGUGUUGGAUCACGGUCCUCAGGACUUUGAACGAAUGGCCAUGCUGAAUCGAAGAAUGAGAGGCGCAGGGGGAAUGAUGCCUGGCAUGUACACUGGAGCAGGAAUGCAGAUCAAUCCUGCCAUGGCUGGCUAUGCUGCCACACCAAUGAUGCCAAACAUGAUGCCCGCUGCAUCCAUGAUGCAACCCAUGCCAUCCAUGAUGAUGCCAACUCCUAUGCCAACACCAUCUGUCGGCCCACAGCAAAUGGCUGCACAACAGCAGUCCUUUAUAAAUCAGCAGGCUCUGCUCCUGGCUCAGCAGAUGACCAUGCAGGCGAUGAGUCUGUCCCAGCAGCAACAGCAGGAGGAUAUUCGUAAACGUCAGAAAGACUCACAGAGGUCUUCCCCACGGCAACGGCGCCGCUCCCCUCCCCGCAGACACGCACGCUCACCCUCACGCUCGCCCUCACCCUCACCCUCACCCCGCCGCUCCUCGGAGAGAACCAGCACUCCGAGUUCCAAAAAAGCCCCUGAGACCCUUCCAAAGCCCCGCCCCCCUGAGGUUCAGCCAGAGAGGGAAGAUAUUAAGGCACCGGAAGAUAUAGGUUCCUUUCAAGAUAAGAGAAAUUUCUUUCAAAAGAUCGGUACAUCAGAAGCGCGUCCAAAGCCCGCCCCUAAGGUUGCUAAGCCACUGAUCUACUCUAGUCCCCCACUAGUGAGCCAUCCAACUUCACCUCCUCCAGUAAAGAAUGAAGUCCAACCGCUCCCACCACCUCCUAUAAUAAUACCAGAACCUGAAGCCGAACCUCCAGAACCCACAUCUCCUAAACCAGAACCUACUAGUAAAAUUAGAGAGAUUAUAAAAAAAUACCAGAACCGGCCUGCUCCAGAACCUAAAGCCUUCGAGCCUGUCAGGGUUCCAGCCAAGCAUUUUGUGAAGAAGAAUAAUCCGAAAGAAGAAGCGCUGGCCAUUCUCAAAUCAAAGAGUCCCGUCGCUCAACCAAAGAAACAGUGGAAUGAGACGCCUCCUCCACCCCCUGAGUCCCAAGGCCCUCGUGCCAUCUCCAACAGUAUGAGAGAGAAACAGCUUUCACUAGCGGAUCUCUUCAGUUCUCAGCGAUCAAAGGCCCCGCCUCCUCCUCCUAGUCACACCCCUUCCCCGCCCCCUAACAUCCCUGACCCGCCACUGAUGCCUGCACCUGGACUUAAUAACUUUAGCAGAAUGGCAGAGGAGGAGAGUGUUCGGUCACAGAUGCACAGAUUCUCUGCCAGUGUCUACUUUUCCUACUCCAGCAUGCCUGGCAAACUCUUCCUGCGCAAGGAGUUGUUCUAUCCCAAAGAGAAAUUCAACCAUCCGUACACCCUCAACUUGCUCUGCGAACAGAUCAUGAGAGACACUUAUUCAGAUUCCUGUCUGAGGAUUUCACGUGAGGAACGGCGAAAAAUGAAAGACCUUUUGGCGAACUUUCACAUUGGAACAAGCAUCAGUACUCUUGAGGACGUUGGUAUGAAGAAAAGGAUUGUCAUGGCAGCAAGAGAUAACUGGACCAAUUACUUUGCCCGUCUCUUUAAUGUAAAGGUAGGAAACAGAGGAGAUUCUCAAAUUCUAGGAGUCUCUCAUAGAGGAAUUAGACUGCUGACGGUGGCCAGAGCUUCAGGCAUUAACCCCAAACAUCUGAAACUGCUCCACAGCUACAGCUAUGCACAGGUUCUGUCAGUGCAGCAGAAAGGAACCGGAAAGGUUAUGUUCUCAUUGACUAAUGAGGACCUGGAACUUCAUUCUCCACAGUCUCCUCAAAUCGUUGCUGUGAUCAAUCUCUUUCUCAUGGAACUGAUAAAGGACUCAGAUUAUUUGAUAGCUGUAAAGAGCUAUGUGACCGAUGAAAAGAGCCUGUUGAGCUUUCAGCGAGGUGAUGUCAUCAAAUUACUGCACAUGGACGGACUUAAGGAUGGAUGGAUGUUUGGUUCCACUGGGGGUCGAUCAGGACUAUUUCCCGUGGAUGUCACUCAGCCCUGUGCCCCACCAGACUACCACAGCAGCAACAUGGAGAGGCAGCUAUACAGGAGGAAGAGUAUGAGACUCACUGGCUCCUCCCCCAACGUACCAGUCAAUAGCUACGCCCCCAACGUCCCAGUCAAUGGCCCCGCCCCCAACAUCCUAGUCAAUAACUCCUCCCUCAACAUCCUAGUCAAUAGCUCCUCCCCCAACAUCCCCGCUAUGCGUGCAGUUUCAGUCGGCAGUGAACGCAGUCUAGAUAGCUCAUCCAUCCGGAGAUCUGAACCGGACCGUCAGCAGUAUGCCAUGACUGAGUUUGCCAGGAAAUACUUUGCCAUCACCAGUCAUUCUAAUAGUGAAAAAAGUCUGAAGGAGAUGCUUGAACACACUCAAAAUCCCAUUCAGGAAUCGCUCAUCCUUUUCUCAGACAGUGAUCUCAGUCGCCAGGGUGCUCAGAGUUUCAUGGUUUUGAUGCAGUUCAUGUCGGAUCAGCCUACAAAGAAAAAUCAGUCGGAAGGCGACUGUGUGAACUUCAUUCUACAUCUGGGGAAAGAAAAGGAAUUCCUCAGAGAUGAGAUCUACUGCCAGAUCAUCAAGCAGACCACCAAGAACCCAGUCAAGGAAAGGUGUACUUGCGGUUGGCGUUUGCUGAAUCUGGUGACCGGAUUCUUUCCCUGUUCCAGUACACUUCUGCCAUAUUUCACUCACCACCUGGAGAUCAUCAUGCAGGAUGCUAACCAUCCCUUUCAGGAGCUGGCAAAUACGUGCGAAAAGAAUCUCAGGAGAUCCCUAAAUUUUGGAGGACGUAGGCACAUUCCCUCCCAUUCGGAGAUGGAGGCUAUCUUGGCUGGCAGGAGCUCUCGACGGCUGCCCAUCACUUUGCCUGGUGGAAAUGACUUUCCCUGCAAGAUUCGCAGCUUUAGUGUCACAUAUGAGGUAGUAACAGACAUUUGUGCAGAGAUGGGCAUUGGGAAUCCAGCAGAAAUUAAGGAAUUUUCCAUCUUUGCUACUAAAAAAGGAGCUAAUCUGACCCGCCCAAUUCACUCAGAUGAGUAUCUGUUUGACUUCCUGUUGGAUGACGGCUCGAUCUCCCUCUCUUUUAAUCGAAUAAUCUGGAAACAGCCGCUUCACUUUGAAAACGACUUUUACGUGGAGUUCCACUACCAGCUGCUUCUGGCUGAUUAUCUGGCUGGGAAAGUAUUGCUGCCCAGCUCCACAGUCUACCAGCAGGUGGCUGAGCUGACCGCUCUUCAACACCUCACCCUUGGACUGACUCAGCCACCCACAAAUCAAGAGGUAAAACAGUACCUUCCCCAGUUGGAACUGGUCAACCCCAAUGACGAGAGGCUUCUCGCUACUAUACGGGCACAGUUUUCUGCAUUUGGCCCCCUCAAGAAUAUUGAUGCCAAAAUUUGCUUCCUGAAAAGUGUUAGUUCACUGCCACUUUUGGGAUUUAAUAUAUUUACCGGUCAGAAAGUAAGUCAUGGCAGCUGUCCUUCUCCCUGCCUGAUCGCAGUCAACCAUGAACUUAUCUUGGUCCUAGACCCGAAAACACAGAACACAUGCUUGAGCCUGUCUAUGGAGGAUGUGCAGUCCUUGCGCUCAAUUCGGCCUAAGAAAGAUAAACUGCCAACGGUUGAGGUCAAUUUUAGUGGCCAAACCCAGCCCAAGAUCAUCACUUUCCACCUGAAGCAGGCGAAAGAGUUUUGCCACACCGUUGCUGUGAUUAUGGAAGAAGUGGUGAAAGUCUCUCCGAGCAGCUUACCCAGUCGGGCUGGAACCCCACAUUAAACAGCAGAUAUAUGCAAACAUUCCUUCUGACAAAAACAAUAGAAACUUCCAGAAAUUCAAAUGAAUUCAUUGUUAUAAUGGAAUUGUAUAGGUUUAACUGGAAACCAUAAUUGUCUCUGUGUGGGUCUCUAAUGUGGUAGGUUAUUGGUGGGAUGUUCUGGAAAAUGGUAAACAGAACACCAUUAAAUUGGUAAUAAACAUUUUGAUUUUUGAAUUGAUUUUAAUGGUAAAUUUUGGUUUAUUAUAGUAUUUGUAAUGAAAACCAAAAGAAUUUUUGUAUAUUUUAUUUCCAGCAUGUUAUCAAUCACACAAAAUGCUCCAAAAUGUCGCCAUAUGGAAUAAAAAAUAUUAUGUUUUGAUAAAAAAGUAUAAACGUUUACAUGGCUACCCCAUGUUUCAUUUGUUAGAGCAAUAAUGUUGUUUGCAUAUCCAACUUAACAGGCUGAUUUAUUUAAUUAUGUAACCAUUUGUAUAGAGCUAUAGCCUAUUUUGUAUUGUGAGUUUGUAUAUGUUGAAUUAUUUGCUUUCAAAUCAAUGAAAAUUAUAUAAUAUAUGGACGUCAAACUAUUUAAACUAUGCUAUUAAAGUAUAACAAUGUGUUCUAAAUUUAA